CGUAAACAUGGGGUGCAGUUUGGAGUAUGCGAAUCUUGAAACCAAACCAAGCUUUAACAAAUAAAUUAUUAUUCACAGUCAAGAUCCUCUUCUUCUGCAGCUUAGCACACCACAUCGUUGCAAUUUGCAAAGAUGAAUAGGAGGCAGCAAAAAGCCUUCAGAUUGGUGAUAUGGAUUCUGGGACUCUUUCUCAUCGCUUACAUUGCAGGACGACCCUUGUAUUGGCAUCUCUAUGAAUCCAUUAAUUCCACCUCUUCUCCUUGUCCUCCUUGCCAAUGUGAUUGCUCUCUUCAACCCCUUAUUUCUCUUCCAGAAGGAUUGACCAACAAUUCCAUUUUAGAUUGCAUGAGGCAUGACCAAGAGGUGAGUGAAGAGGUGGGAAAGAAUUUUUCUGACCUUUUAGCAGAAGAAGUAAAGGAAAAAGAAGCCGAAGCUGAGGAAAAACAAAGAAAGGCAGAUUCAAAGCUUUUAGAGGCUAAGAAAAUAGCAUCUCAGUACCAAAAGGAAGCUGACAAGUGCAAUUCAGGGAUGGAGAGUUGUGAGCAGGCAAGGGAAAGAGCUGAGAACACACUUGAAAAUCAGUUGAAAGAAACUGCUUUGUGGGAGCUCAGGGCUCGCCAAAGAGGCUGGAAUAAAGAUAUUUCAAAGAAAGCUCGAGCACGUUCUUGAUUAGGUUAGAGUCCCUUUGUUUCACACUAGUUCUACACUCUUCUAUUUUUUUAUUUAUUUUUUCAUUAUUGUGGUUACUUCAUAUAUUAUUUAGUAAAAAAUAAAUGCACAAGGAUACUU